AUGGUGCGCCCGAGGCGCUCGAGCGCUGCGAGCGAUGAGUCCGCUGGUACGGCUCGAGAUCAGGAGCUGGGAAGCAUGUACGAUUACUUGGCCAAGAUCAUCCUGCUGGGCCCCAGUGGGAGUGGAAAGUCGUGUUUACUACAUCGCUUUGUCAAGAACGAAUGGAGGCUUCUCUCAUCACAGACAAUAGGGGUAGAGUUCGCAAGCAAGAUCAUAAGAGUCGGCACCGGUGCACGACGAAAGCGGAUAAAGCUACAACUCUGGGAUACAGCAGGAACUGAACGCUUUCGCUCCGUCUCCCGAUCCUACUACCGCGGCGCAGCCGGCGCUCUCCUCGUCUACGAUAUCACCUCACAUCCUACCUUCACCAACCUUCCAGCCUUUCUCAACGAUGCCCGCGCUCUCGCGUCCCCAAACCUCACCGUUCUGCUUGUUGGCAAUAAAGCGGACCUCGCGAACGGAAGCAAUCCUCUGAUAGACACAUCCAUACCCCCAACGGCCCCAUCGAGUGUGAGCAGCAGGAGCUCAUCCUUACCCUUCAAUGGCGGCGGUUCCGUCAGUUCCACAUCAGCAGCGAGCAUGGGAUUGGGCGCUCAACUCAAAGCCACGGUUGCGCCGGACGGGAGGGAGGUCUCGGUCGAAGAGGCCGCGAAGUGGGCUUCUUCAGCCAAUAUCCCCGUAGCGGUAGAAGUCUCCGCAUUAUCAGGAGAGAAUGUCGACGAGGUCUUUAACCGGCUAGCGAGAAUGAUAUUAACGAAGAUUGAACUGGGGGAGAUCGACCCAGAUGACCCAAUGAGCGGGAUCCAAUACGGAGAUUCUGGGAACUGGAAUGCGGGCGCGAGCGAUGUAGCGAGUGUAAAGAGCGGAAUGACGGUCGAGGAGGGGGGAGCGCGGAGGAGACGCACUACUAGGAACAAGGGAGGCCAGAAUUGGGGACUAGGCGGGAUGAGGGAGUGGGAAGAGGUCUUCACCCUCUCUGGAACGAGGAGGAGGAGGGGCGGCUGCUGCUAA